GCAUGAAAAUUAAACCAAAAUAAGACAAUUGAAAUUAAUAAAACAAAGACAGAAUCAUAAUAUCCAAAUACUCUGGGCCAAAAAGCACACAUUGUCAGCAGUUUCCCUGUCAUUGCAUCCUGGUUGUAGCACAUGCAACAGCUGCAUCGCUCACGCUAACAUCCCAUACACAUUCAUCCAAGCCAAUAAACCAUAUGAGCAGCAUGAGUCUGUGGAAGCGCAUCUCGAGCCAUGCCGACUGCGAGCAGCGCAUGGCGGCUUACUACAAUAAGAAGGGUCUGUACGACCUGCGCCUAUGCUUGGCGCCCUGGAUCGAAGACAGAAUAAUGUCCGAGCAGAUAACGCCAAAUUCAACAAAUCAAUUAGAACGUGUAGCGAUCAAGUUUAUUGAGGAUCUGCAGCAAAAACUUUUAUCGACACGUGCCAGCGAUCAGGUGCUGAAGUAUCGCCUGGUGGAGCUCUGUGCCCUUAUCCAACGCACACCGGCACUUGAGCUUUAUACGCAUUUGCGCAGCGGCCUGCAAAAGGAAUUGCAGCUAGCCGCCGAGAAGAGUGUUGCCGUUGCCGCCGCGGGCCAAUCGAUGCCGCUGAACACCUAUAAUAUGAACAAUGCAGUGUCCGCUGCCGCCGCUGUCGUUGGCAUGAACGGUGGUUAUGUUGAUACUAGUGACUUGUUAGGCGUUGCUGGAUCAUCCCCAGUUGCUGCUGGUAUGUCAACCGGCAUAAUGCAUAACAUGGGUGAAAAUGCAACGGCCGGCCCUAUGGCCACACCCAAGGUGGAACUGUACGAAGUACAUCAUCAGAUUAUGCACAGCUUGAAUGAAUUCUCCAGAUGCACCGAUAGUCUCAAAGUUCUGGUGCAAAGCUAUCGAUAUAUGAUCAACGCGCCCAAUUCACCCGAUGCUGAGACACUGUUCAAGCGUUUAAUUGAGGAGAAGAGCUCAUUGGUUGCCAGGCUGCAACGCAGCUUUUUGUACUAUGACUCGCUGCAGGAUAUGGUCAUUGCGGAACUGAAGAAUUGGCGACGCCAACAGGCCCUCGCCGGCAAUGGGGCACAUUUUAGCGAGAAUAUGCUGGAUGAUAUACAACGUUGCUUUGAGCUGUUGGAAUCAUUUGUCAUUCAUCUGCUGUCCGCUGUAAAAGAGACGAUUUUCGUGCGGCUUAUGAACGAUGAUCCAGACCUUAAUUGUCUGCUAGAGCGGGUUCAGGUGGCACAAAAGAAUUUAGUGUGCUCCGCCUUUAUUGUGGAUAAGCAGCCGCCGCAGGUAAUGAAGACAAAUACACGCUUUGCGGCUUCAGUGCGUUGGCUACUCGGCUCCCAGCUAGGCAUACAAAUGAAUCCGCCCACAGUCGAGUGUAUUAUAAUGUCAGAGUUGCAGGCUCAGCGUUUUGUGACCCGUGGCACACACAUGGAUGUGACACAUAGCAGCCUGGCUGGACAAUCGUCGGGCGAGAUACAAAACUGCUCCAGCACCAUGGAGUAUCAGGAGAGCAAUCAUGUAUUCUCCGCCAGCUUUAGAAAUAUGCAGCUGAAGAAGAUCAAGCGCGCCGAGAAGAAGGGUACCGAGAGCGUCAUGGAUGAGAAGUUUGCAUUGUUCUUCUAUGCCACAACAACAGUAAAUGAUUAUCAGAUUCGCGUCUGGACACUGUCGCUGCCCGUGGUGGUAAUUGUCCAUGGCAAUCAAGAGCCACAAUCUUGGGCCACCAUUACCUGGGACAAUGCAUUCGCAGAUAUUGUUCGUGAUCCGUUUGUGGUCACUGAUCGUGUCACCUGGCGUCAACUAUCUGUUGCACUCAACACCAAAUUUGGCUCCUGCACACAGCGCGCCCUGACCUCGGAGAAUUUGGAGUUUCUAUUUGAGAAGCUGCAUCGUGACAAUAUUGUCGGCGAGCGCAAUAAUGAGCAUAUUUCCUGGAAUCAGUUUUGUAAGGAACCGUUACCGGAUCGCACGUUCACCUUCUGGGAAUGGUUCUUCGCCAUUAUGAAACUGACCAAAGACCAUUUGCUAUCCAUGUGGAAAGCAGGUCGCAUUACGGGCUUCAUCAACAAGGCCAAGGCGCACGAUGAUCUCUUGCGGGCCGUGACUGGCAUCGGCACCUUUUUGUUGCGCUUCUCUGACAGCGAGUUGGGUGGUGUUACCAUUGCCUAUGUUAAUGAAUGUGGCUCGGUGACAAUGUUAUCACCUUGGACUGCACGCGAUUUCCAAAUACUCAAUCUGGCCGAUCGCAUUCGCGAUCUGGAAAUGCUGCGUUGUCUGCAUCCGACCGACAUCAACGUGCAACCGUUGGAUCGCGAUCUUGCUUUUGGCGACUUUUAUACACAGCGUACUGAACCAACGCCCCGUGUCGAUGGAUAUGUGCCAAGCACGAUACGCGUGCAGGUGCGUACCACUGGGGAUACAGGCUCCAUAAGUGGCACGCCCCAUCACCCAAUGCAGUCACCGCCGCAGGAUAGCAUGUCGAUGGGAAAUGGUAGUGAUUUUCCCAUGGCGGACUUUGAUACGAUGCAGAACUUUGAUGUGUAUAAUAGGCUAUAAGCCUAUUAAGAGCAUACAUACAUUUUUAUAUAUAUAUAUGCAAAUAUAAACCUAUAUAUAAAUGCGAAAAUGUAUAAUUAAAUUACGUAAACAAAGGAAUCCUAUAUACAUUGUAUGUUUGCAAGAAUUUGCCGCUAUUAACGACGUCCAUUAGAUGUUUACUGUAACCAACCAAACUUCCCACACAAUUCACAACGAAUCGGACACUUCGACAUUAACUUAUAAAACUGUUUUACCUAAAUGUCAUUUUACAUAUUUGGAAUGCAUCAUUGUGGCAUGUGUUUUAUUUUUGCAUUUGUGAAAACGCCAAAAACGACUCAACAAAACGACAAGAGCAAUGCAUGCAAAUUGCGGCACUUCAACACACUCACACACACACACACACACACACACACACACACAGACA